AUGCAGGGAGCUCACAGGGCUCUCCAUGCUGCCUCCAUACGCUCACCACCCUUCUCUCUCCACUUUUCCCUCCCCCUGUCCCUCUCACCCUCCGUGGCCACCCCCACAGAGCACAAGGACAAGGCUGGACAGGAGUGGAGGAAGACUGUACCCAGCUAUAACCAGUCCAGUAGUGGAGCCAUGGACUUCAGGACUUGGAACACCUUACCGCACGACGAGAGCCAGGAGCCCCUGCCUAAGACCUGGGAGAUGGCCUACACCGAGACGGGCAUGGUCUACUUCAUAGAGUAAGUACUGGUCUUCUGGUUCUCUACUCUACUCCAGUACAGUGCCAGGGUGGUGUUGGUGAUGCUGGAAGUAGAGGUCGUUUCGAAAGAGAGCAUGGUGAUUUGUUUGUACAGAGAAUAGUUUCUGUGUUACUUGUAGAUCCAGUGUCCUACUUCUUUCUCUGCGGCUCAGACAGUACAGCAUUUGGAAAAGUAAACAAUAGUAUUAUUGUUAUUGUAAUUAUGGUAUAGGAUUUGUGAAAUUAUUCAUUAUAUUAACCUAUCUGGUGUCUAGAAUACAGGUGUGUUGUUUUCCUGUAUUUGAUGUGGUGGUGCUGGGCUUGGGCUUAAAGCUUUGGCCCUCUCCCCCUCCCUCCGUUGUUUACCAGUCUGUUCUGUUUGUGUGGCUCACACAGCAUACAGAAGUCAGAGCCAGGUGCUGUACCCUGCCCUAAAAUCAAUAGCUUAUUCUCUCUGAGCAGGAGGAAACAAUUGGACAAAUGGAACGCUCCCAGAGGCCUGCUCUCUCUGCUCUCUGCUUUCUGCAAGACGUCUGCAUCUUCUCUCUGUUCUACCUCUCUCUCUUUUCUCCUCUCCCUUCUUCCAUCCCUCCUUCCAUUCCUGCCUCAGAGGGCCUGUCUGCCUCUGCUCUGUCUGACUACCUCUCUCUCCCUCAUCUCUCCUUCCAUCCCUUCUCUCUCCUUCCUCCAUCCAUCUCUCUCUCCCUCAGAGGGCCUGUCUGCCUCUGCUCUAUCUGACUACCUCUCUCUCCCUCAUCUCUCCUUCCAUCCCUUCUCUCUCCUUCCUCCAUCCCUCUCUCUCUCCCUCAUCUCUCCUUCCAUCCCUUCUCUCUCCUUCCUUCUUUCCUCCAUCCCUAUCUCGUCCCCCCUUCCCUCAUCUCUCCUUUCCAUCCCUUCCUCUCCUCCUUCCCUCCUCCAUCCUCUCUCUCUUCCCUCAUCUCUCCUUCGCAAUCCCUUCUCUCUCCUUCCUCCCAUCCCUCUUCUCUCACGUAUCCUCCCUCGCAUCCCCUCUGCACGACCUUCACUCCAUCCCUCUCUCUCUCCUCAUCUCGCCUUCCGAUCCCUUCUCUCUCCUCCUCCUCCAUCCCCAUCCUCUCCAUCCCUCUCCCCUUCCAUCCCUUCUCUCUCCUCUCCUCGCAUCCCUCUCUCUCUCCCUCCUCCAUCCCUCUCUCUCUCCUCCUCCAUCCUCUCUCUCUCCCUCAUCUCUCCUUCCAUCCCUCUCUCUCUCCUCCUCCAUCCCUCUCUCUCUCCCUCAUCUCUCCUUCCAUCCCUUCUCUCUCCUUCCUCCAUCCCUCUCUCUCCCUCAGAUGACCUGUCUUCCUCUGUUCUGUGCUGACUACCUCUCCGUCCAUACCUCCCUCCAUUCUUCCCUCAAAGGUUCCUUUUGUUCCAAUUUCAAAGGCUCCCUUAAAGAGUCACUUGAUUCCAAAAUAAUGACAUAGGUUUGUGAUUUUGAAGGGGCCUUUAGUUUGAUUGGCUUGUUUGGGGUUUGGCAGAAUGGUUAGGGAGCACAAGGGGACAGUGGUUUCCAAACACUGGCUGGUGAAUAUCUAUACUUUACCUUGUUGUUGUGGUGCUUUUUGUUCAGCGUGUAAAGUUGUGCCUCUCUGUCUCCACAGUCACAACACCAAGACCACUACCUGGCUGGACCCCAGGCUGGCCAAGAAGGCCAAGCCCCCAGAGAAGUGUGAGGAUGGAGGUGAGAAUCACACACACAUGUUCUUCUAUCCUUUUGAUGACCUAAAAUAUAUUUCCUUUAAAAAUGCUAUUUUCCCUAACCCCUAAACUUAACCUUAACCCCUAAACCUAACCCUAAAUCUAACUCCUAACCCUAAUUAUAACCAUCAUUGUAACCCUAAACCUAACCUCUAAGUUUAAAAUAGCCUUUGUCCUCAUGGGGACGUUGGAAAUGUCAGCACGAGGGAGAAUUUUCCUUGUUUUACUGUUCUUGUGGGGAACAUUUCAGGUCCCCACGAGGACAGAAGAACAACACCACACACACACUCGUUCUCACAUACAGACGGUGUAGGGUUCUUGCAGCAAGGUUUCACUCACAUGCACUCAUACACCCUCCCUACACACACACACUACUGUCCAUAGUCUGAAUGCACCCCAUUAGACAGAACUAUGAGUGGGAAUCAUGUAUGCCACUGAAGGCUGUGACAUGUAGACAGACAGACAGUACUGUAAACAGCUAAACAUGGCCCAGCGGGCCCCAGCGAUGUGGUGACACUACAUUACCCAGCCUGCCCCCUGUCCCCUAAUGGCUUGUGGGAGACCUGCAGAGAGCUCAUCAUCACUGUAUCUCCAAAAAGGCAAUUCCACAGUCCCCUCUUGCGUGAAGCACUCUUUUCCCCUGCAUGUGUUCGUCACAGGACAGCACACACUCCAGAUUCCACUCACACACCGCUGGGAGAAGACAAGCCAUUAUUUUACAGGAUUGCCAUAACAGCUACACAUUUCCUUACUUCCUAUCUCGCUGUCUCGCUCUCUCUCUCCCUCCCAAACACCCGGUGACAAAUAAGGCAGCCCUCUCAGUAGUUGGUGUGUAUAAACCCUGGAUCCCUAGUUCCUUGCAGUGAGUUGUCAUUCAGACCUGUGUGGUUCAUUGUGUGGGUAGACUGUGUAUCAAUUGUUCCAGAGCAGCACAUUGAUUUGCAUCUUCCGCUUCUGUCUCUUGCCUGCAGAGCUUCCGUAUGGCUGGGAGAAGAUUGAGGAUCCACAGUAUGGAACCUACUACGUUGAGUGAGUAUACAGUACCAGUCAAAAGUUUGGACACACCUUCAAGGGUUUUUCUUUAUUUUUACUAUUUUCUAUUUUUGUAGAAUAACUAUGAAAUAAUACAUAUGGAAUCAUGUAGUAAACCCAAAAAGUGUUAAACAAAUAAAAAUAUAUUUUAGAUUUUAGAUUCUUCAAAUAGCCACCCUUUGCCUUGAUGACUGCUUUGCACACUCUUGGCAUUCUCUCAACCAGCUUCACCUGGAAUGCUUUUCCAACAGUCUUGAAGGAGUUCCCACAUCUGCUGAGCACUUGUUGGCUGCUUUUCCUUCACUCUGCGGUCCAACUCAUCCCAAACCAUCUCAAUUGGGUUGAGAUCAGGUGAUUGUGGAGGACAGGUUAUCUGAUGCAGCACUCCAUCACUCUACUUCUUGGUCAAAUAGCCCUUACACAGCCUGACGGUGUGUGUUGGGUCAUUGUCCUGUUGAAAAACAAAUGAUAGUCCCACUAAGCGCAAACCAGAUGGGAUGGCGUAUCGCUGCAGAAUGCUGUGGUAGAAUGCCUUGAAUUCUAAAUAAAUCAUUGAUAGUGUCACCAGCAAAGCACCAUCACACCUCCUACUCCAUGCUUCACGGUGGGAAUCACACAUGCAGAGAUCAUCCGUUCACCUACUCGGCGUCUCACAAAGACACGGCGGUUAGAACCAAAAAUCUCAAAUUUGGACUCAUCAGACCAAAGGACAGAUUUCCACCAGUCUGAUGUCCAUUGCUCGUGUUUCUUGGCCCAAGCAAGUCUCUUCUUCUUAUUGGCUUAUUCUUAUUCUUAUUGGCUUCUUAUUUUGUGGCACCUGACCACACAACUGAACAGUAGUCCAGGUGCGACAAAACUAGGGCCUGUAGGACCUGCCUUGUUGGUAGUGCUGUUAAGAAGGUAGGGCAGAGCUUUAUUAUGGACAGACUUCUCCCCAUCUUAGCUACUGUUGUAUCAGUAUGUUUUAACCAUGACAGUUUACAAUCCAGGGUUACUCCAAGCAGUUUAGUCACCUCAACUUGCUCAAUUUCCACAUUAUUUAUUACAAGAUGUAGUUGAGGUUUAGGGCUUUGUGAAUGAUUUCUCCCAAAUACAAUGCUUUAAGUUUUAGAAAUAUUUAGGACUAACUUAUUCCUUGCGACCCACUCUGAAACUAACGUUUUUUCCAGCAGCAGACUAUGAUCAAUAAUGUCAAAGGCUGCACUGAAGUCUAACAAAACAGCCCCCACAAUCUUUUUAUCAUCAAUUUCUCUCAGCCAAUCAGUCAUUUGUGUAAGUGCUGUGCUUGUUGAAUGUCCUUCUCUAGAAGCGUGCUGAAAGUAUGUUGUCAAUUUGUUUACUGUAAAAUAACGUUGUAUCUGGUCAAACACCAUUUUUUCAAAAAGUUUACUAAAGGGUUGGUAACAGGCUGAUUGGUCAGCUUUUUGAGCCAGUAAAGGGGGCUUUACUAUUCUUAGGUAGCGGAAUGACUUUUGCUUCCCUCCAGGCCUGGGGGCACACACUUUCUAGUAGGCUUAAAAAUAUGGCAAAUAGGAGUGGCAAUAUCAUCCGCUAUUAUCCAGGUUGAUAUGAUGAAUCAGGUUAGUAACACCUGGGUUUGGAGUGAAAACUUACAGGAGGGUAGCUCUCCAGGAACAGGGUUGGGCAACCCUGCUCUACAGGGUUGCCACUGCCUGAUACAUGAGCCAUCUGAUUCAAUGGAUGGAGCUGAGUUUGCCUUUUUUUCCUCUGUAGCUCAAUUGGUAGAGCUUGGCGCUUGUAACGCCAGGGUAGUGGGUUCGAUCCCCGGGACCACCCAUACGUAAAAAUGUAUGCGCACAUGACUGUAAGUCGCUUUGGAUAAAAGCGUCUGCUAAAUGGCAUAUUAUAUUAUUAUAUUAUUCCCAAAAUGUCAUUUAAGGUGCUCAAAAGCUUUUGACUAUCAUUCUUUAUGUAAUUUAUCUUUGUUUCAUAGUGUAUACUGUACAAUAGACUUUUAGAAGAAGUGCCUUUUGAUAAUAACAAGUGUUUGUUUCAUGAGCUGGGAUUUCUAUACACCAGGUUGAAGUCAUUAAGAGAUGCUGGACAGGCAGACCUGAGCUUGUGUGGUUUUCAAAUGUAGCCUAUAGUAACGAUUGAGUUUGAGAAGAUGGACUAAGGACAGCUGGCCUUCCCAUACAGCAUUCUCAUUGUGCUCUACAGGGUUGCCACUGCCUGGUACAGAGGGGGCACAGGGGAGGGGCAACAGGCAUGACCUCACCCUGUUCAGAAACACACACUGGCACACAGAGUUCACCCAGCAUGGCCUUCCAUAGGAGCAGAGAGAGGGGUGGGAGGGAGGGAGGGAGAGAGAGGGAGAGAGAGGGAGGGAGAGAGAGAGAGAGAGGGAGGGAGAGGGAGAGAGAGAGAGAGAGGGAGAGAGAGGGGAGGAGAGGAGGGGAGGGAGAGAGAGAGGACUACAUGAACAUAAUCUGUUUAUGCUAAGGGUCACCGGGACAACCAGUUUUUUUUUUCCUCCCUGUCUUUUUGUUUUGAAUGAAUACAGUAGGACAGAAUGGCUCAUUAUUUCCUAACUAAAGUACAGAACAAGAGCCAUAGCAAUCAAAGGAGCGGACUGAGCACACUUAGUCACAGAGGACCACUUCUCUUCCCUGAUUGAAUAGGGAGGAUAACUCUCAGCAUGACUCAUGCCCAACGAGAGCACAAACAAUACUUUUCAUCGAAACGCACACACAUACUGGCACACACACACACACUGGCAGACAUCGACACGCCCAAACACAUACAGGCACGCGCACAAAUAGGCACACACAUACACUGGCAAUUGGCACACAUACACACACCCUGUCACACAUGCACAGUAUCUCACACACACUCAGCAUGCGUCUGAUUUAUGGAGCAGAGCGGGAGUGGCAUCCGUUUUAUGCCUGUUCAAAAGCUAGUCACGUCUGGCUCUGAGCUACAACUGUUAAAGCACAGGAGCAUUAUGCAGAUGCGAUGCUUUCCCAGCUUUACGUGCAACCUGGGGGGGUGCUCCUCUCUGAAUAGUAGAUGUUUAAACACAAAUUGCUGACCUGGGAAUGUGGCAUCGAAAGGCUACAGCUCUACAGCUAGCAGGGAACAGCAGGCACACAGUCUGCUUUACUGAUCCUAGGUCAGUCCGAUGUGGCCGUUGUGAGCAGAGGUAUGGACCUUGGUCAGAGUAUAAGGUUAUCCUACUGAUCUUAGGUCAGCUGAAUAUGUAUCUAAUGUGUAAGCAAGGAAGCAUCACCCAGUAAAAGGGUGUGUCAACAGUAGCAUUGUGGCGUCAUUCAUUGUGGUUUACAGAUGAUAGUCUGUACAGUACCAGCUUAUGUGUGCAUGCCAAGCAGAGGUUUGCAUGACUGGAUAGCGAUCAGGGAUUUGAAUACACUGUGUACUGUGAGUGUAGUGGGAAACAGACAGAAACCUGUUUGGAGUAUUUGUCACGACAUUUUUGUAUUGCUACCCAAUGAAGUGAUACCGCCAAGUAACGAGACAGAUAACUGGUGUCACGUCUCUACAAGGAGAAGGACAACAAUGAUAAGAAAGCUGUGAAAACAUAAAAGCCUCACUUUCCUUUGGUCGGUUCCACUUUCUGUACGAUUUUUAAACAAGUGUGUAUUAGUCCUUGCUUGAUGCUGUAUUUCUGAGUGUUUUCUAUAUGUACAGUAGCACUCUGUGUAUUUGUGUUGUGUAUAUCGAGCUGUCCAGUUAGUGUUCUGUCUUGUCUCUUUGCUGCAGCCAUAUCAACCAGAAGACCCAGUUUGAGAACCCAGUCCUGGAAGCCAAGAGGAAACUGAGCCUGGACACCCCCUCCCCUGGCCAGCAGGGGGCUCCCACACCCUCAGGUAAUUAUGAAGCAGUGUAUUCAAUGAAUUGGGUAUUUAAUUGGGCAUGCGUUCUGUAUGCUAGUGUAGAUAUUGGGACAGACCAUAAACCCAUAAUGUCUUACUCAAGGUUAUCCGAAGUGAAUGAUUGUUUCUAAUCGGAUCUCAACAGCUUAGAGACCAUAUCAGUGCACGAGACAAAUACACUACAUGGCGAGGGAGGGAGGGAGAGGGAACUUGCGUGCUCACUGCUGAGUGAUGUCAUUGAGCCAUCUGGGACUACAGGCUUGUGUUGACUAAUUGUGAUUUCCGAUGUUUUCGGCGAGUCUUAUGUUCAAAUAAGGAUAUUGAUCACCCAGCCAUUGAUGUUUCUCUGCUGAGCCAACUCUGUGUUGCUCACAGAAUUGAACAUAUGUCAGACAAAGAAGUGACGACAGGCCGACCACAGAGGCUGACUCCCAAUUAGACUCAGAAGAAGACGCAGACGCCAAUAGCACUGUCUCGUUCUGUACCAGCUAUCCCAGUGUUUAGCCUGGAGGCCCUGGAUGUCGCAGACACAUGGACCUACUGGGCAGUAGCAGGCUGAUAAUGCUGUCCUGGAACAGACCACAAUAACUCAUGAAAAAACCUUAACACCCACUGAUCAUGGUAGGAUGUGUGUUCCUCAGGCUUUGCUGCUUUGCUUUGAGCAUCAUUGUCAUCUUUCCAGAGGGGGAGGUCCUUGGAGGUUGUUGGACAACAAACUAUGUGGUGAACAAUCAGGGUUUGAUUGAACAGAGACCCUAGUUUUAGAACCAGAUCAACUCAGACCCUUUAGAAUAGAAGAAGCACUGCUUUACUUGCAUAGCCUAUAGGGACAGAACAACUCCCAGGAUACGACCCAAAUGGCACCCUAUUCCCUUUAUAGUGCACUAAUUUUGACCAGGGCCGUUAAUAGGGUACCAUUUGAGACGCAGCUCCAGUUAGUCAAUUUUCUGUCCAGCUAAAAUAUUAUUUUCCAUGGUAUUAUUUCCUGGACUCUUCUUUUAGUUGAUUCUCUAGUUUUCCCCAGGGUGGUUCUCUGCACUGCUCUGACAGAGCUCUCUACUCUGCUCCCUGCUCUCCGGGGUUGUUAAUGAGUAUUAAUGGCUAAUGGUGGUCUGUCUCCCAGCGGAGUGGAGCGGAGCGUAGGCCGGAGGGGCAUGGUGCCACGUGGAGGGUUUUAAACGCUGUUUUGACAAGGUUCCCCAGUCUGACCUCCCUCUCAGAGAAAGGGGCAGCUGUCUGUCGCCACAGUGCUGAAGCUGUAUGGGGAUAUAGGGUACCAUCAUUACCCUGCACUGACAAUCAUCUCGAUAUGGCAUUUCAUAGAAUCACAGUGAGCGGCCUGCCUGAGAAAUAGGCCACCCCAUUUGUGUUACCUUGACAUAAUCAGGGCUAUGUUAACAUGUCUAUGUAGCACCCCCUUAACUCCUCCACACACAUACACACACAUAUAUUCUCACACACAAACAGCUCAGUGACACUGCUGGUAUGCGAGAAUGUCAUGUUAAUCACACUCAGCAUAAUCUGUUUUCUCUGAGCGCUGAAAAUCCAAUUAUGCAAAUCAAAAUCCCAUGACACAUUGACGGGUAGAGGACAUGGCGGGUAGUGGAGGAGGAGGGGGGUGUAUAUCUUUACCCCUCCUAAUGAGAUUGAUACCCCCACCUCUCCUCUAUCCAUCCAUCCGUCAGUGGGUGAAGCAACACUAGAGGGGAACACAGCCCAUAACUCACCCAAUGGAAACCAAGGUCAAGGGCUAUAAAUGACUGAGGCCAUGGCUGAUUAACCUCGGUCUCUCUAUCUAUCCACUGUAUCUCUAUCUAUUUCUCUCCCUCGCUCUCUCUUUCUCUCCCUUUCUCUCUCUCCCUCCUAUUUCUCUCCAUCCCCCUGUCGCCCUGUCUCAGUCACAUGGUGAGAGCCUCCAGCUGCAGGUUGUCGUGACUGAGGUCAGCUCUUUUCUGUUUGCCUCCAUCCCUGUGUUAUGGUGGUUAGUGUACACACACACACACAGUUUGUCUCCUGGACAUUUUUUCCCAUGCACCAUCCUGCAGGCAUAACAUAGGAAAUUCAAGCUGAAAGUUUAUCACAUCUCUGAAAGCUUUGAAAUGUAAAGAUCUUAUCCAAACGGAUGCAUCACUGCUUUGUGCGUCAUGCGUGUGUGUUUGUCUUUUUCACUGACAGGCUUAGGUAUAAGAGUAGUAGGCUAUCUCUGUUCAGUGGUACACUCUUAGAAAAAAAAAAAGUGCUAUUUAGAAACGAAAAGGGUUCUUCGGCUGUCCCCAUAGGAGAACCCUUUGAAGAACCGUUUUUGGUUCCAGGUAGAACCCUUUUGGGUUCCAUGUAAAAACAUGGAACCCAAAAGAGAUCUAGCUGGAAGCGAAAAGUGUUCUCCUAUGGGAACAUCUCAUUACAAACUCAUGGGCUUUAAUAUGGAGUUACUCCCCCCUUUGCUGCUAUAACAGGCUCCACUCUUCUGGGAAGGCUUUCCACUAGAUGUUGGAACAUUGCUGCGGGGACUUGCUUCCAUUCAGCCACACAAGCAUUAGUGAGGUCGGGCACUGAUGUUGGGCGAUUAGGCCUGGCUCACAGUCGGUGUUCCAAUUCAUCCCGAUGAGGUUGAGGUCAGGGCUCUGUGCAGACCAGUCAAGUUCUUCCACACCGAUCCCGGGGCAUUGUCAUGCUGAAACAGGAAAGGUACAUUAUUCCUCCUCCCCCAAACUUUACAGUUGGCACUAUACAUUGGGGCAGGUAGCAUUCUCCUGGCAUCCGCCAAACCCAGAUUAGUCCGUCAGACUGCCAGAUGGUGAAGUGUGAUUCAUCACUCCAGAGAACGCGUUUCCACUGCUCCAGAGUCCAAUGGAGGCGAGCUUUACAACACUCCAGCCAACGCUUGGCAUUGUGCAUGGUGAUCUUAGGCUUGUGUGCGGCUGCUCGGCCAUGGGAACCCAUUUCAUGACGCUCCAGACGAACAGUUAUUGUGCUGACGUUGCUUCCAGAGGCAGUUUGGAACUCGGUAGUGAGUGUUGCAACCGAGGACAGACGAUUUUUAUGCGCUUCAGCACUCAGCGUUCCAGUUCUGUGUGCUUGUGUGGCCUACCACUUCAUGGCUGAGACGUUGUUGCUCCUAGACGUUUCCACUUCACAAUAACAGCACUUACAGUUGACCGAGGCAGCUCUAGCAGGGCAGAAAUUUUGCUAACUUUUGUCUGAAAGGUGGCAUCCUAUGACGGUGCCACGUUGAAAGUCAAUGAGCUCUUCAGUAAGGUCAUUCUACUGCCAAUGUUUGUCUAUGGAGAUUGCAUGGCGGUGUGCUCGAUUUUAUACACCUGUCAGCAACGUGUGUGGUGAAAUAGCCGAAUCCACUAAUUUGAAGCGGUGUCCCCAUACUUUUGUAUAUAUAGUGUAGAUUGUAUGUUCUAUCCAUUUAAUUGUUUGCACCAUUUGUAAUCUCCCUUAUUUUAUUUUAUUUUAUGUUUUUCUCUAUUCUUUUCUUCCCCCUACCCUACCAUCCCUACCCUGAUCGGAGUAAACUAACGGACAACAAUAAUUCUACUUUUACUUACAGCUAUUUACUUGUAGUUAAAUAAUUAGACAUAUAUUCCUAAUUUCUUCUUUCUUCAAGUGCUGGAUUUUCACCCACAGCAGCCAAUCACCAUUCAUUCGGAUUUUAACUCCAACCCGCCGAUAUCCACAGAUUAACCCAUCUUUCCCAGUAUAAUGCCAUUUUGCUAUUUCCUUUUACAAAACAUCCCUCCAUUUUACUAUGAUGUCUUACGAGGGUCCUGAACCUUCCUAUUUGUGAAAUUUUUGUCGAUAUUGCCCUAAAGUAAAUACUUUACCCAAGAGUAUAAUGAUAUUUCCCAUUGACUGAUCUUGGUUUACUCAGAUCCCAUAACAAUACAGUUUGCAGGUCCAUCUGAAACCUGAUAUUAUUACAUAACAACCAUUCCUGGACCGGACUCCAAAAGCGAGCCACCGAUUGACAGUACCAGAACAUUUUUUAUAUUGAUUCUGUUUCCUUGUCGCAGAGUCUGCACAAGGUUGACUGUUCAAUGCCCCAUAUACUAAGCAUUCUUUUUGUAGCAAGUAUUUUAUAUAAUAGCUUAAAUUGAAAUGAAUGAAUUUAUGUGUCAAUUGUUGUUUUAUAUGUCCGUUCAUAGACCCGAUGCUAAGGUAGUGGGACAUCAAAAACCUGUUCCCAACUGACUUGAAUUUUAUACGGUAUUGCUGUCAAACCUUUUUCGAUUUAUACUAAUAAUUUUAAGCCAUUUAUGAUUUUUAAGUGGUGGCUGACAAACUAAUUAUUUAAAAAAUGACUAAGUAAUUGUCUCUUCCAAUUGUGUGGCAGAGCCGUGAUGAGUUAGUUAUAAUUAUGUAUUGAGCAUACACCUCCAUACACUGUUGAUAUGUGAUUUGAGUGUUUGGUCGAAUUAGUGACAAUCAGAGUGACGUGCAGCUGUCAGAUGUCUUGUCACCGUGGCUAUAGCCUACACUGUGACGAUACAGGGGACAGAUGGCUAACAGCCUGUGAGCAUGCAUCUGUGUCUGUCUGCCACACACACACACACACACACACACACACACACACAGUUGUCCCAUGUGGAUAUAUUAGACUAAAAUAAGCAUAGCGGCAUAGAUGUGUCACUGUCGUCUGUCAUCGUGGAUUAGCGCUAGCAGCUAGCCUAGCGUGGUUUCUCUGUCAGAUCAAUGCAGCUGAACAACACUGACAGGCCUUGUGAUGAUAAUGCCACAAACAAACAGGGAAUUAAUAGUCACUCAUUUGUCAAGUAAAAUACUUCAAUCGGUCAAUAAGAUUUGAGAGCAAUUAGCUGAAUUACAGUCAUAAUAAUUAUCAUAAAAUUGCUGAUAGUACUUCCUCCUACAAUUUGCAUCUCUCAUUCUCUCUCUCUCCCUCUCUCCAUCAGAUGAGCCUGUUGUGGGUGUGAGGGGUUUUGUGCGGGACCCAGCCCAUCUCCAGGGCUCCAUUCUGAGGACAGCUCUAAGGAAGAGCCCCCAGGGGUUUGGCUUCACCAUCAUCGGGGGCGACCGCCAUGAUGAGUUCCUCCAGGUGAAGAACGUGCUCCGAGACGGCCCUGCCGCGUACGACAACAAGAUGGCCUCUGGUGAGUGUGGUACGCGCACGUAAACACAAACACACUCUUACACACACACACACCAGCAAGGUUAAUCUUCAUGGUACACACCCUGCCUCUUGACAGUAAAACUCCACAUCAAUUACAUUUUACAUUUUAGUCAUUUAGCAGGCGCUCUUAUCCAGAGCGACUUACAGUUAGUGAGUGCAUACAUUUUUUCAUACUGGCCCCCCGUGGGAAUCGAACCCACAACCCUGGUGUUGCAAACGCCAUGCUCUACCAACUGAGCUACACACAACUCAAUAACAGUACAUGUUAUGGUGAACGCCCUGAUUUGAAGUGGAGUCAUAUAUUUCAGAUUUCAUAGGUCCCUUGGCUGUGCUUCUUUGCAUACCUAUGGUUAUUACGAGCAUGCUUAUCUAUAAGUGUGAUCAUAUAUCUUGGAUCAGGUUGUGACAUACAGUAUAUAGUCCAUGCUGUCUUCACUAAACAACCAUUACUACCACUGAUAUACACCUGCCAGUGGCUCAUUGAAUGCUUUAGGAGAAUAUUAAUUCUAUAGACCGUGAGAUCAGAUGUAUGGUAGUUAUAAUGAGUUGUUUAUUGUCUAAUAUAAAUCCCGUCAGAAUAUGCAUCAUGGGAUAACGCAUUAGAGCACGGUAGUACCAUGCAUACUAAGUGUACUGCUAGCAGCAGUCAUUUAUGCCAGAGUGGUGUCAUUUUAAUGAGCAUGGAGAGUAAUUUGAUCUGGACAUUGGGUCUCUGAAGCAAUCCCAUCUCAUAUCUGAGUUAAUAGUUAACUCAGGGCCCUUAACUCUGUCUUUCAGAGUGUGUGCAUGUGUGUACGUGAAGUAUGGGCUUAAUUACCAGUGUUUGCCCUGACAGUGAUUGGCUGUUGUUCCAUCUCAAUCUCCUCUCAUUUGGUUUGUUCAGCGAAUGUAUAUAACACAGUGAAAUGUUAGAUGUGUUUGUUAGUAACAGCUAUUGAUUGUGUUGGGUGGAUCCUUCAGGGGAGUCCCAGCUAGCCAGCAGUGAAGGGAGUUUCCUGCUUUUGUUUUGGUUGAUUGGAGAUAAGAAUAUUCCCCUACUCUUCAUUGAUCUGUCUGGGAGCAGCUGAGCUAAUAAACCCAGGCUAGAAUGAUGGCGGAUGAGGGGAAUAUAAUAGAGUUAUGCUGUACCUUACAUCAACCCCAGAGCAGCUGUUUAUGAUCCAAACUGAAUUGUGUUUUAAUUGACUCUAUGCUCUGAACCUGGUUACUAUGUCAUGACUAAACCAUAGCACACUCCCAUUCUAGGAAUGUACCAAUCAGUACCCAAUGCUGAUAUGUCUUCCCUCUCCCUCCGCUCCACCAGGUGAUGUGAUCGUGGACAUCAACGGGCUGUGUGUCCUGGGGAAGACCCAUGCUGAAGUGGUUCAGCUGUUUCAGUCUAUCCCAGUCAACCAGUAUGUGGACAUGGUGUUGUGUCGUGGCUACCCCCUGCCUGAGGACACCAGCGGAAGUGAUGAUGCCUCAGGGGAUGUAGCCACCACCCUGCCCCUGGCCCCAGAAGCCACCCCGUCACCUUCCACCUCCAACCCCCAGGACAUACACUACAUCACAAGCCCAGACGGCACCCUUCCUAGACAGGUACAGUCAGAAGAGAAUUCGGCCACCCCGCUGAUCCCGGUUCCUCUCUAGGAUUCUUCCUUCUUGGGGAUUUUUCCUGGCUACUGUGCUUCCUUUUUUGCUUGCUGUUAGGGGUCUAGGCUGGGUUUCUCUAAAAGCACUUUGUGACCAAUGCUGAUUUAAAAAGGGCCUUUAUAAAUAGAUUUUGGUUAAUUGAUUGACAGACCACCGCAACUGCAGUCCCAACCAUGACCAACGGGGGGCGCCACUACCCUGAGGGUCCAGACCCCACGCUGCUGCAGCCGGAGCUGGUGGGCGUGCCCCUGGUGAAGGGGCCGGGAGGGUUUGGCUUUGCCAUCGCAGACUGCCCCCUGGGCCAGAAGGUAACAUAUAUGGGUGAUGAGUUGUUGGUUUUCUUUUAUGUCUGGAAAAAUGAUUUCCGGCAACACUUUACUAUAGCUCCCCUUAUGUAUGACGAAUGUUAUAUUAAUGCCUUAUGUAGCAGUAGCUGUUGCAAAGACUUUAUAUAUGUAUACAUAAUGAAUGUGUCCGUUAAGAGUUACCGAAUUUACUUUUCGGAGGAUAAGAAAUGUAAUCUAAUGUAAUAUAGCCUAACUGAAUCUAAUCUAACCUAAUCGAAUGUAAUUUCAGGUGAAGAUGAUCCUGGAUGCCCAGUGGUGCCGUGGUCUGCUGAAGGGUGAUGUUAUCAAGGAGAUCAACCGUCAGAACGUCCAGACACUGAGUCACUCCCAGGUGGUGGACAUCCUCAAAGACCUGCCGGUGGGCAGCGAGGUCAACGUCCUUGUACUCAGAGGAGGUGAGAGAGAGGGGAUGGUAGGAGGAGAUAGGUGGGGGUGGUAGGAGGAGGUGAUAGGAGGUGAUAGAUAGGAGGAGAUAGAAAGGAGGGGCUAGGAAGCGCUACAUAGGAGGUGGUAGGAUGAGGUGAUAGGAGGACAUAGGAGGUGUUGCAUGCCUUCAUCACAGUCAACAUACUGGGGUUCAGAGGAGCUGCGAGACUAAACUGUACACUGCCACCUUAGUGAUGCCAUGACUUUAGUGUGACAGGGUCAUGCGGCUGUGAAGACGUAGUAAUAGUAGUUCCUAGAGGAAGUCCAUUAGAUGGCCGUUCAGCUCCUCAGCAGCCAGCCCUCCCAAAGGCCAGCCCCAGAGCCAGCCACCGUUUAAUAAAGCAAUUUCAUGCUCGUCUAUCCCACUAUCCAUCCACUAUCCAUUUCCCAUUUGCACCUCUGCAUACAAGCAGGCAGGCUCAGAGAGCCGUAAUAGUGGGGCUGUGAAUAUGAUACCUUGACCAGAAAGGUGAGGAGGAGGGGAUGCCAGUGGGAGUUAGAUUCAAACAACUCUAGUAUUUGGCUAGGUACAUUUGGAAGUCGGAUGUUUGCAUACACCUUAGACAAAUACAUAUAAACUCAGUUUUUCACAAUUCCUGACAUUUAAUGCUAGUAAAAAUUCCCUGUCUUAGGUCAGUUAGCGUCACCACUUUAUUUUAAGAAUGUGAAAUGUCAGAAUAAUAGUAGAGAGAAUGAUUUAUUUCAGCUUUUAUUUCUUUCAUCACAUUCCCAGUGGGUCAGAAGUUUACAUACACUCAAUUAUUAUUGGAUAGCAUUGCCUUUAAAUUGUUUAACUUGGGUCAAACGUUUCGGGUAGACUUCCACAAGCUUCCCACAAGAAGUUGGGUACAUUUGGCCCAUUCCUCCUGACAGAGCUGGUGUAACUGAGUCAGGUUUGUAGGCCUCCUUGCUCGCACACGCUUUUUCAGUUCUGCCUACAAAUUGUCUAUAGGAUUGAGGUCAGGGCUUUGUGAUGGCCACUCCAAUACCUUGACAUUGUUGUCCUUAAGCCAUUUUGCCACAACUUUGGAAGUAUGCUUGGGGUCAUUGUCCAUUUGGAAGACCCAUUUGCGACCAAGCUUUAACUUCCUGACUGAUGUCUUGAGAUGUUGCUCCAAUAUAUCCACAUAAUUUUCCUUCCUCAUGAUGCCAUCUAUUUUGUGAAGUGCACCAGUCCCUCCUGCAGCAAAGCACCCCCACAGCAUGAUGCUACCACCUCCGUGUUCCACGGUUGGGAUGGUGUUCUUCGGCUUGCAAGCUCCCCCUUUUUCCUCCAAACAUAACGAUGGUCAUUAUGGCCAAACAGUUCUAUUUUUGUUUCAUCAGACCAGAGGACAUUUCUCCAAAACGUACGAUCUUUGUCCCCAUGUGCAGUUGCAAACCAUAGUCUGGAUUUUUUAUGGUGGUUUUGGAGCAGUGGCUUCUUCCUUGCUGAGCGGCCUUUCAGGUUAUGUCGAUAUAAGACUUGUUUUACUGUGGAUAUAGAUACUUUUGUACCUGUUUCCUCCAGCAUCUUCACAAGGUCCUUUGCUGUUGUUCUGGGAUUUAUUUGCACUUUUCGCACCAAAGUAUGUUAAUCUCUAGGAGACAGAACAUGUCUCCUUCCUGAGCGGUAUGACGGCUGCGUGGUCCCAUGGUGUUUAUACUUGCAUACUAUUGUUUGUACAGAUGAACAUGGUACCUUCAGGUGUUUGGAAAUUGCUCCCAAGGAUGAACCAGACUUGUGGAGGUCUACCAUUUUUUGGCUGAGGUCUUGGCUGAUUUCUUUUGAUUUUCCCAUGAUGUCAAGCAAAGAGGCACUGAGUUUGAAGGUAGGCCUUGAAAUACAUCCACAGGUACACCUCCAAUUGACUCAAAUGAUGUAAAUUAGCCUAUCAGAAGCUUCUAAAGCCAUGACAUCAUUUUCUGGAAUUUUCCAAGCUGUUUAAAGGGACAGUCAACUUAGUGUAUGUAAACUUCUGACCCACUGGAAUUGUGAUACAGUAAAUUAUAAGUGAAAUAAUCUGUCUGUAAACAAUUGUUGGAAAGAUUACUUGUGUCAUGCACAAAGUAGAUGUCCUAACCGACUUGCCGAAACUAUAGUUUGUUAACAAGAAAUUUGUGGAGUGGUUGAAAAACGAGUUUUAAUGACUCCAACCUAAGUGUAUGUAAACUUCCGACUUCAACUGUAGUUAGAUAAGCAUUCAGUGGCAGACAGCCCAACAGAGGCAGUCUGACAUUUUGUGCGAAGGACAGUAAUAGUGGCCCUGCUCACCACUUCAAAGGGGAUGCUGUCACUGAAUAAACUGAAGAGCUCUUUCCAUUUGCCUGCACCGCAAUAGCCAAGAUGCUGUACGUUGUGUUAACGUAUGCUCCAAUGCUCUGAAGAAUGCUAAGGAGUUAAGAUACAGCAUGUUCACCUAGUGAUGUGUGCUCCAGUGCUCUGAAAGGUCCUAAGGAAUCAAGAUGCAGUAUUUUCAGCCAGAGAUUUUGUUUGUCGUGAGAAGGCCUGGGGGAGGGAGCAGGUUCAGGUUGUGCUGUUGACUCCUCCAGGGAAGGAUGAGGGGAGACUGAUGGAGGGGCUGGCAGGAGACCACAGCCUGGCCUGGCAGGGUUAUCAGGAAGGGAGGGGUGUUUAACUCUAGAGCCACCUGAGGUCACCUAGGGGCUGAGGUGUAGAACCUGGGUCUAUGACCAGGGGGUAACAUCAGCUCUCCACCACUGACCGGCACAGAGAGGGGGAACAGGAACUUGCCUGCUCGGCUGGCCACACCACACACUCCACCUACUCCGGGGUGCUUCCGCUGUGCAAUAAUGGGGCUUGCCCUAGGCGGUACUGGUAAUACCAAUGUGGAUUGUCACCAAUCCCACAUGGUCAAUGAAAGGUGGUGACUAGCUGUGUGUCAUACAGAUGGAUAUACACCCCUGGGUCAUCCCUUCAUGGUCACUGUGCUUCUCUUAAUGAGGGUGAACUGCUGAGCCCUUCUCUGAAUAGACUGUCUGACUGUGGUAGCAGGUGUGGAUAAUACAGUACACGGUUAUCCCAUGGCGAGGCACAAUGUCAUAUAUCUUCUCUCAUCCCUCUUCCCUCUGUCUAUUUCUCUGUUGAGAUCAGAGAUCCUUCCCAUGCUGAUGCUUGAGUAUAGUGCCACCAACUGGUCAAGUUGAACCAUGAUCUUGCUGGCUUUAGUAUCAGAGAGGAGAGCAGGGAAAGGAGAUGUAUGGGGCAAUGGGGCUCCGAUCAUGGUCACUACUCAUUCUGUAGGGCAGGGGUUCCCAAACUUCCAGCAUUGGGGAACAUCUUGCACCCACGUCUAUUUCUAUGGCCACAAGCACUGUUCAUGACACAAACUGUUUACACCCCUCUUGUUGGCGGAGAGAACAUUUUGCAGGUUUAAAGCUUAUUUUCUGCAAUUCUACACAUUUUGUCAUGGGGUGCAGAGAACAUUUAGCAGUUUUAAAGCUAAUUUUCUUGCAAUUAUACAUUUUGCCAUGUCUGAUGUGUAUUCAUGUGAUAUUUGAGUGACUCGAACAUUACUACAAAAUCUAUGGACAAAAAAAACGUUAGCUGACAUGGGCUAGUUGAUCUGGACAUUUCUGACAAGUUAUAAAUAGCUCUCUAAUGUAUACAAUGACUGAAAAGACCCAAUUAAAAAAUUGCACCUUGUGCCUUCUACUAUUACAACUUUCAAGACUGACCCCCGUGCCCCCCCGUCCCCCGUCGACCCCUCACGCCCCCUUUAGGCGCGAGGGGUGUAUGAUGAAAGAGAAUGUAGAGUCUACAGCAGAGCAAGAUCAAUAGUGUGAGGAAAUAGAGAUGUAUAAUAAUCUAUCAGACUUCCAGCACAAUAACCCCCUAAGGCACUGGAACCUGUCCUCCAUAAUACAUUGUUAUUAUACUGUAUUGAGUCAUCUUUCUGUCUAAUAACAUAGUUUUUCUCUCUCUCCCUCUCUCCAUCUCUCCCCAGGUCAGACAUCUCCUGUGAAGUCUCUAAAACCUGUAAGUUAAUAUAAAUGCUUUUAAUUACCCUUCUCCUUCUCUUCUCCUUCCUCUCUUCCAGAGACUCUCCCCACGGCCUCUACAGGGGAUUCUAAUCAGAGACUUGUGUCCCAAAUGGUGCCCUAUUCCCUAUAUAGUGUACCACUUUUGACCAGGGCCCAUAGGGCUCUGGUCAAAGUAGUGCACUAUGUAGGGAAUAGUGCCAUUUGGGACUCAGAUACUCAGAGUGUAGAGUGGGUCUGGGAACAUAAAUGGAAACACAGGGCUUUUAAACACCAGAUAGCAGUUGAAUUAUUAAAACAAGCCCUGAUAUAACUUUGUCUUAGUUUCUUUCCCCGCCAGUAGCAGUCUGCUGUAGAGAGCAGUACAUUAUUCAGGGAGCUGUCAUGAGCCACACGCGCGCACACACACACACACACACACACACACACACACACACACACACACACACACACACACACACUGGUAUUAUUUUUGGAGGCAGCCGGCUGACCCGGGUGGGUGAAUGUGCUCCUGGCAAACAGCUAUUUAACAUCCUGGCUGCUAGUAGCUGUACUGUAUAGCAGGGUUUAAGCUGUAAAGCCAUGUUCAACAGUUCUGUUGAGCCUUCUUUACAACAGAGUAUAUGAGUCUACUGGGUCAGCAACAGAGACUUGUAUUGAGAUAUAAUACAUCCAAAUAGAAGACUCCGGCUCAGUGGAAGUAUUUUCCUACAGCUUUAUGAGGGACUGUGUUAAUAAAGGCCAGCACUGCAGACACUAGGGGAAAACUUCUAAGGGUAGUUUGGGAGUACAGAAGUACAUGCACUGUCUUGCUAAAUCCACCGCUAUUACCCGUAAGUGUCUGAGUUAUAGAUUAUUCUGUACUGUCAAUUUUUUAAAAUUGAUGUAAAAUAGAUAGUUUAAUUUAAGAAUCUUGUUUGUUGUGUUGCAGUGCACUGCUCCCAUGUCGCAGCAGAGGCAGGAGAGACAGGAGAAGGAGAAGACCACCAGCACGGAGACCCUCAGCCCCCCAGAGCCAUCCCUGACCCCGGCCCGCCAGCCCCUUCCCUUCCCCCCCAACACCAUGCGCUCAGCCUCCCCCAAACCUGACCCGUCAGAACUCUACCUCAAGUCCAAGGCCCUGCUGGACAGCAAACGUGAGUAUACAGUACAAACAGUACAGUCCCUAGCCAGUCUCACACAUCGCUCUUCUUGACUCAUUGUUCUAAUAAUUACUGAACAUAGAAUGUGUCGGUCUUGUUCCUCCUUCUCCUUUCCCUCCUCUUCCCCAUCCAGCCCCCAACACCAAGGACCUAGAUGUGUUCAUAAAGAGGAACCAGGAGUCAGGCUUUGGUUUCCGCGUUUUAGGCGGGGAGGGGCCAGAUCAGCCCGUAAGUACCCUCCCAGAGGGACUGCUCAAUCCUGGUUCAGCCAGCAUUAACACUCUGGGAACACUGUGGGCUGCUUACCCGGUCCCAGAUGAAGCCUAGUGGUUUAAAUGGGUUACCGCCAUUGACCGUGCUUUUUAGUCCAUGAGUAUGCUUAAUCUGGGUCUGGGAAACUGGCUUGAAAUCUGGUUAAAGUUAUCCCCCUGUGUUUGAGUGGGUUAGAUAAAUCUCAUCAUGCCUUCCUCUGUUCCCUGGCUCCAGGUGUACAUUGGUGCUAUCGUGCCCCUGGGCGCAGCAGAGAAGGACGGGCGUCUCCGGGCAGGUGAUGAGCUCAUGUGUAUCGACGGGGUACCAGUAAAGGGCAAAUCUCACAAGCAGGUGCUGGAGCUGAUGACCAACGCUGCCCGCAACGGACAGGUCAUGCUGACAGUCCGCAGGAAACUGGCUCACACAGGUAUGUGUGAGAGAUGGAGAAAUUAGAGGCAGACAGAAACAGAGAAAUAGUUUUUGAGUGUUUAUGCAACUCUUCUAAAAGUGACGAUAGUUGUGAGAAGUGCUGUAGACGUCAGAUCCAGUCGGGGGAGAUGAUUUACAUAACAAACAGAAAACAAGAAGAGUGCUGUUCUGUUCUGGUCUGUUAUGUUUUGACGGACAGACAGACUGAAGCCCCUGCUGUACGCAGCUUUGUUUACACACACAAAUAAGCUUCAAUGACUAGAGAAGACACUUUUGAAAUUGGAUUUGAUGUAUUGUAAUGACAGACAUGGUUGAACUGGAAAAAUUAAGCAUCAAUCAUCAAAGCUUUGUGGUUGAAAUCAAGACUUGACAAAGAUUUUCACUCCAAAUAUUGAUUUCCUAUUCUGUGCUCAGUUCAGAUAUGCCAUACACACAUCAGAUAGUCUUUCAAUACAGUAAUUGUGGGGUUCAUUUUAAAAUGAGCACUGGAAUGAAAUUGGAUCAGUCUAAAGGAAUAAUGUGGUGGCAUAAACUGAGCAUUCCCUUGAGCUUUCAUAUGAAUGGCUGUGAGAGACCAUAAACAACGUAAAAAUUAGGUGAUUCAAAUGUAAACGGUAAGCUACCCCAAAUGAAACUAUUCCUCCCUGUGUGUGAUCAGAGGGGAGUAGAGAGGAGGACGUUGGUGGUGGUCAGAAGAAGGUGUCUCCUGCCCUGGUUAACGGCUCUCCCAAGCUGCCCCGCAUCGAGGUCCCUACGGCCAGCUCCCCCCAACACCCAGAGUGCUACAACGUCACCCUGCAACGAAAAGACAACGAAGGCUUCGGCUUCGUAAUUCUUACCUCCAAGAACAAGCCUCCUCCCGGAGGUAAGAAAGAGAGAGCAUCAUAUCAUAGAACGUUCAGCUCAGCUAGUCUGAUAGCUUGUAGACUAGGCUAGCGGAGGAAAUGCUUUGGAACUCUGUAUGGGUUGUGUUCUUUGGAAGUUGACACAAGCAUAAACUGUUUUGGCUAUAUUUGUUUGUGUCCGUGCUUCUAUUCCUCUGUCACAAUACCUAGACACUUCUCAAUGCCGCCCAUUUCAAGUAGUUAUUCUUCUCUUGUUCGAAGGAGCAGAAAGUAGCCUUUUUUGCACAAUUGGUCUUUCCAAGCAUAUUACCGAUUGUUCAACUCACAGAGCACGGCAAUAAUAAUAAUAAUAUGCCAUUUAGCAGACGCUUUUAUCCAAAGCGACUUAGUCAUGCGUGCAUACAUUUUUGUGUAUGGGUGGUCCCGGGGAUCGAACCCACUACCUUGGCGUUACAAGCGCCGUGCUCUACCAGCUGAGCUACAGAGGACCACAUGACCCUUGCUCUCUCUCCCGUUCUGUCUCGCUCUCAGCUUCUACCUUUCUUUCUCUCUCUCUCUCUCUCUCUCUCUCUUUCUUUCUUACUUUCUCUCCUCUCAUGGCUCAGUCAUGCAGUACUGGAGUUUGUUUGUCUGUCUGGCAGAGUAGUGGUUUCCUAAGCAGUGCAGUCAGUACAAUGGUACACUGAAGUACAAACGCAGACCGGAGGCAUGGAGGAAUGAGGAUAAAUCACUCAAAUAUAGAACAUAAAAUACUUCCUAUGAGGGAGAUGAUAAACGUCAAUACAAAGAGUCUCUCAAAUUGUGUUUUGUUGAUAACGUAAAAAAAGGAGUAUUACAGCUUUAUUUAGCUUUAUUGAAUACUGCUUUGGUACAAUGAAGAACCAGGUUGGUAAUACAAUAAAAAACAAUUACUGCCUCACAAGCAACAUCUGCACUGUACCUGACAGAGCUGAGCUAAAUUGUCCUGUCAUCUCUUUCUCUCGCUCUCACGCUUUAGUUAUCCCUCACAAGAUUGGCCGCAUCAUCGAGGGCAGCCCCACGGACCGUAACGGUCAGCUGAAGGUAGGCGACCGUAUCUCAGCGGUCAACUCCCAGUCCAUCAUGGAACUGUCCCACAACGACAUCGUCCAGCUCAUCAAGGAGGCCGGCAACACUGUCACCCUCACUGUGGUGCCGGAGGAUGGUAUGAACUUCCACAGACACACUGAACUCUGGGAUAUAGAGUCCUACUUGAUAUGGGUUUCUGUAGUCUUUUUGUUUAUGUUUACUGUGGAACUACUAAGUUUAUUAGUCUUGCAUUUUCUGUUUUUUGUUCUUUUGAUAUUGUUAGAAGUGAAAGAGGAAUGGGAUGGAGUUGAGAUGACUGUGACUGGAGAGGAUGAAGUGCUAGUGUGCAUGACAUUCCAUACUGAAAGUCUUCUGUGUGUUCUUUUAGAGAAUAGUGGUCCUGCAUCUGGAACCAGUUCAGCCAAGCAGAGCCCUGCAGCACAGCACAGAGCUAUGGGCCAGCAGCCUCCCAGCCACACUGACAGGUACAGAAGUGGACACACACACACCGCUACAUGGCCCAUCCUAAAGAGGAGAGAAGGAAAGAGAAGGAUUAACAGAGGGUGGUUUGGCUGCACUCUGUCUUUUUUUAUUAUUUUUUUAUUUAACCUUUAUUUAACUAGGCAAGUCAGUUAAGAACAAAUUCUUAUUUACAAUGACGGCCUACACCGGCCAAACCCGGACGACGCUGGGCCAAUUGUGCGCCGCCCUAUGGGACUCCCAAUCACGGCCGGUUGUGAUACAGCCUGGAAUCGAACCAGGGGGUCUGUAGUGACGCCUCAAGCACUGAGAUGCAGUGCCUUAGACCGCUGCGCCACUCGGGAGUCUUUGAUCUUCCUGUUUAAACCAGAUUACCUGUCAGACUUAAUCCAUUACUACAGCACCCAUAAUUCCCCUCGCCUCCCCGAACCCUGUUCUCUCUCUCUGUCUCCCCCUCUCUCUCCCCUUCUCUCUCUCUUUCUUUCUGCUCUGCUCACCGUGUGGUUUCACCCUGGAUCUCUCCUCAUUUCCCUUUACUCUCCUCUUCUCUAAUCAAGUCAAACCAUUCCUCCUUCUCAGUAAUCUCUAACACAUGGCUAGGGUCAGGCAGGUCUCUGUAAAUAAGGAGAGCUUGAGAGGGAGGCUGUUGGCUCGGCAGUCUUAAGUAUGUAAACUCUCCCCGUAGACACAGCCAGUCAGGGAAAGCACACUGUUAAGAAGACUCUUUAAUAUCACUGACGCUCAACUCCCACAGAGGAUUAUAAUGAGCUUUGUAAAGCAUUGAAGUCUGCUGGAAGCGUCAGUUACUUUAGUUUACAGAACAAGCAGCUUGUCUCUUCAGAAGAAUUAUAGCAUAUAUCCAUUAACCCCACACUGUAUAAUCAUACUGAAGGAAAGAGACACUAAAAACCUUGUGAAGGAAGAAACCUGUCUGGUACUGUAAUUGCUAAGUACACUGACACUGUGAUGUUUUGUCUGUGACUGUUUAGGAAUGGAGACCCUCUGGAGUAUAAGUCCCUUCCACCCAGCGAGAUGGGACAACUCAUCACCUCAGGCCCCAAGCAGGUGAGGCUAUGGCGAUAAACAGUCAAACCCUGUGUGUGUUAGUGUGUUUAUUGCUGUGUUUGUGGUUAUGUUUUCAUACCCAUGGGGAACAAUAUUGGGUACCUGAAUAUCAUAAAGCAUGCAUUACACAUCUAUUACCACAUAAACAUGACAUAAUAGCUACACGUUAGCUGAAUAACUGAAUUGUACGUGAUAGAGAUGUAUAUUUUCUCUGUAUCAGGGCUGUUUCCACGUGGAGCUGGAGCGAGGCCAGCGGGGUUUUGGCUUCAGUCUGCGGGGAGGGAAGGAGUACAAUAUGGGCCUGUUCAUUCUGAGACUGGCGGAGGAGGGCCCUGCACUGAAGGACGGCAGGAUACACGUGAGUCAACCCAGGGCAUUAAUACCUGCUCUCAUAGAUGGUGGCUUCUUCUGUUCUCUCUAUGAGAAUGGGUACAGAACUACAUGUGUGAUGAAAGGCGUUUAUGAGAGAGAAUUUGUUUGACUCAUUUAGCCCGUUUGUACUGUAAUGUCAUGUGUGUUGUUACCACAGGUUGGAGAUCAGAUUGUGGAGAUCAAUGGUGAGCCCACCCAGGGCAUCACACACACCCGGGCCAUCGAGCUGAUCCAGGCUGGGGGCACCAAGGUCCUGCUGCUCCUCAGACCUGGCCUGGGCCGGGUCCCCGACCCCAGUGAGUGACCUCGGACUCAAUAGGACGAAUACUCUACUCAAACACACCUAGAAGAGUGACCAUGUUCUCAACCAUAUCUGAACUCAACUCACAGCCUACUCAGACACUGUUACUACUGCUUAAGAUACACAUACGCAUAGAAGACUGACCAUGGACUAACCAUAUAAUUAGAAUGUGUCCAUUCUAGUAUUUCUAGUUAUAUUUCUAGAAUACUAUUCUAUUUCUAGAAUACUAUUUAUUCUACUUCUAGGGACUCAACACGUAACUACUGCUCAAACACUAUUACUACUGCUUCCAACACACACACACACACACACACACACACACACACACACACACACACACACAGAAUAUAACCAAGCAUUUACAGUACUUAUCAAUGACCAUACCUCCCUUUCUUGCAUGUGAAGGCUGUUGCAGGCGUCUCUCUUUCUCUCGCAUUAUACCGCUCUAUCUAUCUGGCUCUAACUCUGUCUGGCUGUCCUGGCACUGUUCUCUCUCUUUUCUUCCUCCCUGUAGGUGUGAACCCUUCUUCCUCCACCCUGUGCUUCUACAUGAAACCAGAGCAUCACUAGUGGCCUCACUGCUUUUCUUGGUCUGUCCCUAAUAACCUUGGUAAACCACCUCGUACUCCUCACUCCUCCUCUUUGCCUCUGUUCUCUCCUUUUAAAAUCAGCUUAUGUCUCUCUCCUCCUUGCCCCCUCAAUCAGAACUGGACAGCUCCUAUCAUAACAGCCCUAUGCCCAGAUAAGGCCUCGUAGGAUGAGAGCUACUCUAGCUGUAACCUGUAGGAGGUGGUCUGAACGGAGGCAGUGGCUCCGGGGAAACAAGUUUACUAACUAAGGCCUCAAUUCAAUCAAUCACAGAUAAAGGAAAUUGCACUAGAGUACAGGUUCACUCUGAAUGUUAAUGCGGUACUAGAGGUGUUUAGCAUGAUAAGACACAUGCCACAAGUUGUUUUUCUCAAGGACAAAACCAAUCAUGUCCUUAAAAUACAGAGUUGGCAUUCUGAGUGAAACUGCAGUUUUUCAUUUAUCUGCAAUUGAUUGAAUUGGGGCCUGAGUUCCAUGCUGGAGCAGGAAGUGGCUCUAGAGCCCCUGAGGUUGUUUUAAGGUUAUUACAGAACCCAAACACAACAUCACUGAACGCACACAACAUCACAAUGAUUGAGACCAGGAGAAAGUCGUUAACUAGAUAUUGAUCAAUGGAAGGAGGGCAAAUGUUAAAAAGAUGUGUGUGCGUUCACCGGUAUCAACUCUCUCCUGUCUUGAGAUUAAGAAGAAUGGAUUUCUAUGAGUUGUUCCUCAUAGAAAUCGAAAAACCCAUUUCAGCUCCACUAAGUCCAUCUCACUUGCUGGUUCUCCGCUACAUUUCUGCUCUCUCAAUCAUGCCAGCGCUACUCUUAUCAGCUCUAGAAGGAAAUUGAAAUGUCAGCCGUGUGACUGUGGAGAAAACCUUGCACCUACCUCCCUUUGAUGUCACUGGCCUCCACUGAUACAUAUCUCAGAUUCAUAUUGUCUAUUUGACUCAAAAGCUCAUAUUAAAGUUAAUGGAAAGAUAGAGUAAGAAAUUAAUUGUUUUAUAUGUACACUUAUUUUAAGAGAUUUAAAGAUGCUUCACCACCUUCACAUAUUGAAUAUACAAUAUAUAUCCCAGACUAAUAUAACUACUGUCUUUCCAAUCUGCUUCAAUAUCACAAUCUGUUUUUUUUCUUUCUCUCAGCUAGCGAGAGGUGAAACCAUUUCAUUUCUCACUCACUAUGACUCUCUCAAUGCCUUUAUUCCAGGUAUGAAGGAGAAAGUGAACAUUUCACCCUCAAGCUUUCCAAGACUCUCUGCAUCCGAUGAGCAGUCAUUCCCCGCUUCUCCAUCCUCCAUCUCCCUGUCCACCUCUGAGCUGUCCCCGUCCUCCUCCGCCAACACCACUGCCCCCGAGGAGCCCUCUGACUGGGACACGUCCGCUGCCGCUGCCCCCUCCCCCUCAAGGCUGCUGGAGCCCAACAAGGCCAGAGGGCAGCAGCCUCACCACCACAGGGGACGCACCAGUCCCAACACCCUCCCCAAGAAGAGUGACUCCAUCAUGUCCCACAGCAACAAGCAUGCUAGCCCCAAGAGAGCCACCAAAGCCCGGGCUGAUACCAAGGAGCGCUCCCAGAGCCCCAGGAAAACAGACAGAGGAGACCGAGGCCAGGCAGGGACUGUUGAAAAUAAGAACGGGUCUUUGGAGGGAGACCUAAGAAGGGAGAGGAAGGCCCACAGCCACGGCCAGAGAGAGGGCCGGGAGGGCAGAGAGGGACGCUCUUCCAGCCCCAGGAAGACUACCCCUAGGAGGGAUCCAGACGCAGGAGUCUCCAGGCAGCCCUCGAAGGGCCAGGAUGAGGGUCAGAGGCGCUCUGGAGGGCAGCAGCAUCCCAGCUCCAACCCUGCCUCUGGAGAGGGCACGCAGGGGAGAGAGAGGAGAAGUAAGGAGGAGGACCCCACUCGCAGACAGGAGAGGGAGACCGGAAGUUCGGGAACCAGCGAUCGCCACAGGAAAGAGAGGGGAGCGGAGCCUCAUAGAUCCCACUCCCAGACACAGAGGGAGAAUGCAUGGCCAGACUCUGAGGGCGGAACCCUGAAUCGUAGAGAGGGAGGUCAGAGAGAGGGAAGAGAGAGGAAACACAGAGAGGCAGCGGAGGAGGAGAAUCAGAGGGACACCAGUAGUGCUGCUAGCCAGGAGCACACAUGUAACGGGAACCCUGGCAGUAAGAAAUCGGCCACCAUCACCCCAGGACCAUGGAAGGUCCCCAGCUCAGCCAAGAUCCACUCUCACGUGGAGGGAAACUGAUGUAUCGUAGACGGACUAACCCGUCCAUAAUAGAUACAAACAAGGCUUCUACAGUUCUGCAUUGACAUGAUAUUUAGAAUGGACCAAUGAGGAUUGUAGGGGAUUGAGGUUAUUUUGCAUCACUGUGUUACUCCUCAUAAUCACAUUGCCUCCUAUUGCAUAUCAAUGCUUAUUUUCACAGUUUGCCUCAGCCAACCUUCCUACAGGCUGUCUUAAUGUUCAAAGUGCAGACAGUUUAUGGCUCUGCAGUGGCGGUGGGUGCCUGUCUGAAGAUCUGGAGGAUGUGAAGUACAAUCUGUUUUGUGCCAAUCAGAGACUCGGACAUGCUGGGAGGGAGUUGGUUCAUGUCAUGUAUCAUCCUUUCUGUGAAACUCUUUUGUAGGUAAUGAAAGGAGGCUUUGAUGAAGGAUGCUGUUUGUCACUCUGUAUGAAGGUUUAAAAGAUGGGCUCGUAUCCAGGCAUUCACUCAGCGUUUUGUGUUCCUCGUGGGAUUGAUCCACUGCUAUGUCCCUGAUGGAUAUAUAAAGAGGUGAUGGUGAUUACUCCUUAAGUCACUGGGAGAUGAAGGGGGUUGGGUUUUCAAUCAUUUUCUGUCCAUAUCCAGUCCAGACAUGCUCUCUGUGUAGACUCUGAAUCGCUGUUAUUAUCAGCUUUGCAGUAGAUUUUAGAUCAUUAGGACAAAGCUUUAUAUGCAUAUCUAUCUGAAGACCAUACACUUGUGGUUAGGUAUGUUGUUUACUUACUGCUACACGUGUGUUUAUUAUGAAGCAUAUUGUAAUUUAUUGAGAUUAAAUAUGACAAAGAAUAUAUAUAUAUACUAUCUACGUAUCCAUACACUAUAUUUUGAUGUAGUGAGCUAAGCAUAGAAAUAGAAUGUGUAGAAGAGACAUAACCACUGAAGAUGUACAUUUGUUUUUUAGCCACAUAGACACCUGUGGGAAUACAAAUAUUGCUCAUGACUACUGUGUUCUAGUGUACAUUACAUUACAUAUGCAUCAAUUUAACUGUGCCGCCAUGUUGGAUGAGCCAUGUAAAUUACAUAUGGACUACUAGAUAAUUGUGUUUGUCAGUAUAUGAUCCCUAGACAUUCUAUUUCUAUCCAUUCCCAGCCCGUUCCCAGCCUAUUCCAUCCUUAAUCCGUGAUGUUGUUUAUUGUAUGCAGCUAUUUAAGGUCCUCUGGCUAAAUGUGUACACUACAAGCUGACAGGUAUGUAUUUUAGAUAUUGCUGUAGCUUUGACUGUACGUUAUCUAAUGUGUAUUAUUUAGCAAGGCGUUUCCUAAUCUAAAUGUGGGGGUAAAUCAGCUGUAUAAACAGAUUGAAAUUAAAAGGUGAGACCUUUGCAUUUUUGUGACACCACAGUUUUUCAUCAAAAUGUGCUUUCAAUUGUACGCCAGUCCAAGAUGUUAAUAUUCAAUAAAUCUAAAGACUACAGUAAUACCCAGGUAAUACCAAACAUAUCCUGGUAUAUUCUGAUACACUUUAGACUAUAGUGCCCUCUCCUGGAGGAAGUAAAGAAACUAUCAGAAUCCCUGAACCCUGAGUGUCAGGACUUUACAACAUAACAUAAUUUAAACAAUUGUUAUGAUAUAGCCUACUCUGUUUUAGGGCAUCGAUUAUGUAGCAGCUUUGAAAAAGAUCUACUAAGACCCUACGUUUGUGUGUCCAGCUUAAAGUCUGUUAAACAAAGCAAUUUUCUCUUCCUAGCAACCAUGGAAAACAAGGGACUCCAUACUGUAUUGAAUUAUGCACUCACAAUAUAUGGAAAUUAAAUUAAAAGCUAUUGACAAAUAGAUUAGUCAGUGUUGCUUGUCCUGUGGUGUAGCAAAAUGUGAAUUGAAUUGUCUCUUGAUAAAAUCUUAGAGAAGGAUACUGAUUUUGAUUAACUCUUCACCGUGAUAUAUAGUUUCCCUUUUACAUCCUAUUGUUCAUGUCACGUGUGUCUAUAUAAUAAUGUGGCCUUGCAUUGCUUCAACAGAACAGCCUUUUUGUCUCUACAUUAUGUGGUAGUUGUAAAUGUUUAUAAAUUGUACAGCACUGUAUAAAUACUUCCCUUCAUUCAAAAAAAAAAUAUUGUAAAUCGCUCUAUUAUUUUUUUAAGUAAUUGAGGAGAAAAUAAGGUGGUGAGAGGAAAUAAUCUGUUCAUGCACUGAUAAAUAAAGUUUGAAAAC